CUGGAACGCCUCCACAAAGACACACUUGCGUCUAUGCGAAUCCUGCAGGCCUGUAAAGAAACUGUCUACACUGAAGCGGUUUCAGGGGCCCACUUUGUUUCCAACACUGAUCAAUUGCAGAAGAUGUUAUUGUCAAUAUAUGUUGAGCUGGCGUUUCUACAUUUAGCAACCUCAAGUCCUAAAAUAGUGGGGAAUUGCAAAGAAAAUGGUACUUUAAACUGUGAUGGAAUCGAAAAGGGUGUGCAAUACAACGCUAUCACAUGGACCAAGCAUCCGUCUUUCCGUAUAAUCAGAAGAAGCCGUGGUCAGAUUUGGCUAUAUGAUUUCAAUCGGACUGCUUACCUGACCGAUGAAAACAGCCUUCUUCUCCCUGACCUUACGCCUGAAGACUCAGGAACCUACGAGUGUCUGAUCGGGGCAAUCCCCGGGGGUAAGAACUCCAAGUCCGAGGUGUUCCUGGAGGUUCCAGUUUGUGUGACUGAGCCCCCCGUUCCUGAGCCACCUGAUCUGCCCAUCCCACAGACAGUUGGCUGUUUCCUGGCCAUAUGCCUUCUCAAACUUCUUCUGCCCAUCAUUGUGGCCCAAGUAUUUCACGGCUUGCGGAGAGAAGUGAAGAGUGAGAACCCCCUGCCUUUGAGUUAAUUUAAUUUAAGUUGUAAUAUUAGUUGUAUUCCUUUGUAUACCAUAACAGCUGACUUUGUGUGCAUCCCACCCCUUUAUGCUAUAUUAUCCAAUAGUACUUUUAAAGAAUAAUUUUCUGUACUUGCUAUUGAAGGAUUGAAUCCUCUUUCUGUCAUCCUAAAGAUACCUUGUCAUUAGACAGCCCAUAGGGUAUGGGCAUUUAACGUCAGAUGAUGGAGUUGCUGAAUUUUGUUCCAUAGUUCAAGUGGAAUAUUUAUGGACAGGACAUGGACAUCUACUGGCAGGGCUUUAAGUUGCAGGUCCUAACCCUAACCGUUCCUUCCAAGUAUUUUUUCAAAGUAAAUCAAUACAAUAACUUAUACCACAACAUGUUAAAUGGCCCACAUGAUCCUGAUUGUUCAGUAACCAUCACGUUCCAAGAGUGUUUAUGUUAUUAUAU